CCUGACGUCAGGAGGAAGGCGUGUGUGAGUGAGUGAGGGGCCUGAGGUGCCGCAUGCUCACACACACACAUACACACACAGAGUCAUACACACAGCACGUCUCCCAGACCCGUCCCCUGCUCGCCAGCUCCCAGCUCCAGAGAGAGGCGGGGUGCUGAAGCCGGCUGCAGGAGGCAGUGCCCGACCGCCGCUGCCAGGGAGAGACGGAGCCUGUGGCUGGUGAGGCCGCCGAGCAGGGCCAGGCCGGGCCCUGCCCGCAAGGACGCCCAAGCCCUUUGCCGGCCCCUGCGCCGGGGAGCCCGCCAGGCUCUCCUGCUGGCACUGCCAUGACUUCGGAGCCCACAUCGCCCCCGGUCGUGCCCCCACUCCACUCUCCCAAGUCCCCUGUCUGGCCCACCUUCCCCUUCCACCGGGAGGGCAGCAGGGUCUGGGAGAGGGGCAGUGUCUCAUCUCGGGACCUGCCCAGUCCCCUGCCCACCAAACGGACCAGGACAUAUUCAGCGACAGCCCGUGCCUCGGCUGGCCCCGUGUUCAAGGGCGUCUGCAAGCAGUUCUCACGCUCACAGGGCCACGGCUUCAUCACCCCCGAGAACGGGUCCGAGGACAUCUUCGUGCACGUGUCUGACAUCGAGGGGGAGUACGUGCCAGUGGAAGGCGACGAGGUGACCUACAAGAUGUGCCCCAUCCCGCCCAAGAACCAGAAGUUCCAGGCCGUGGAGGUGGUGCUUACCCAGCUGGCCCCACACACUCCCCACGAGACGUGGUCGGGCCAGGUCGUGGGCUCCUAGGCUGGGUGGCUCACGUGCCGGCCGCCGGGUUGGGGGAGCCACAUAGGGAGGACAAGUGGCAGCUGGCUCUGUGCCCCACUGCACUGGCUAACCCAGUGGCCUCAGUGUGCACAUCUGUCUGUCUGUCUGUGCUUGUGGCCGUGAGCAUGUGCCUCCAUCCACCCCAUGACCUGUGACUGUUGUGUGAGCUGGACUGACGGGGAGGCCACUAGACCCGCCUUCUCGGGUUGUCUGCUCUCCAUCCUUCCCCCUACCACACACCACAGGACCCUCUCACCUCCUGCCCACCCAUCCACAUGUCCACUGAGCCUCUGAUGCCUGCAUCAGGCCUGGGGCUGGGAGGCAGGGGGCACCAGUGGGUCCCCUGCCUGUACAAGCUUGCCCCGCCGCCUCGGCCCCAGACCUGGCCUGGGGACCAGACUCUGCUUGUGCUCCUUACACCUCCCACUCUGGGCCAGGUCUCCCACUGUGGCCUGGACCCCCUACCCCAGAAGCCAGGCCAGUGAGGGCUUUGGGGUGGCCUCCUAGCCUUUGGCAGGGGAAGAGGGCAAAAUGUGGAGGCAGACAGACCCCUCCCCGCUCCAUGGCCCAGUCUUCCUCCUCUCCUCUCAGCACACAGGAGAGGCAGGAAGAGGGGCCUGGGGGCAGAAGGCAGUUUGGGGACUCCAGUUUUGCCGGCCACAGUCCCUCCUCCUUGGCCUGGCAAUGGCUCUGUGAACCCCAAACUGAGGCCAUGUCCCCUUCCCUGGGCUGUGCUGCCUCCACCAGAGGGUUGGAGCCCGUCUCCCCCAGCCUGGAUGGAGCCAUCUCCUUUGCUGACUCAGACCCCACUGAUGCUCUGCCAGUACUCAGCCACAACGGCUGCUGAGGCCCCAGUGAUGGAUGGACACACAGCCAGGCAAGGGCACUCACAAGGACGGCUCUCAGUUUGGGAGCCCACCAGCCCUGCAGCCCCUUUGCUGGACCCUCUUCUCAAAGCUGCGAGAUUGCGGCUCCCACUGGCCCCCAACAGGCCAGUGGCUGAGGUGUGGUCCCUAUCUUGUCUGUCCCUUAAGAUGUGUGUGUGUGUGUGUCUCUGUCUGCAUUCACUCUUGGGUGGGGGGUUGGCCUAGCCUGGGAGGCCAGGAAGGAGGGCCAGCGUCUAGCCCCUCUGAACCACCAUACUCCCUUCCAUAGAACGCAUCACCUGACAGGGGGAGAAACGAGGUUGAAGAGAGGGCCUGCCAGGGACAGUGACCCUUAGGUGACCCAGUCUGUGAGUAAAACUGGGGGCUCAGAUGCCCAGGAUGAGGAGAUCACUGACUGUCAGGAGGAUCCCUGGCUCUGUAGGUGCCCCAAGGUCCCAGGUAGAGAUCAGCUGUGCAUCAGAUGUACAUCCCACCCCUGCCCCAGUCCCCGACCAGAGGCUGGGAGCCCAGAGUUGCUGAGAUGUGCUGACCAGCCCCCCAAAACUGAGAAUGGCCCAGCCUGAUGCCCCACUCUGGGCUGGGUCUACUCCAGUAAGGCCUGAGGGCUUUCCCCUGAGGACCCCCUGGCCUCCUUGGUGCAGGUUAACUGCUGGGAGCCCCCCAAGACCCCCUCCUGUGAGUAGGUCCCUGUUUUAGGCACUAGUCAGGAGGUACGAUGUAGUAACGUCAGCCCUGGGCUGCCGGGGGUGGCAGAGGGGCACCAGCGCCCCUCCUUGCUCACAGCCCCGCAGUGUCCAGUCAGAACUCCUCCUGAGACCCCAGCCACCCAGACGGCCCCAUCCUUCCUAACACUGGCAAUAAACCCUCAACUGUGACUCAGCCUG